GGGCGCAGCAGGCACUAAAAUGGACUAGCCAAUGGCUGAGUCCCUGCCGGGUAUAUAAACAGGGAGUAAAGACCUCCAGCGUUGGGUGACCCUAUUUUGGCUGUGUGAACAGAAUCUGAUCCCAAGGACUGUUACCUCUGUUCUUGUCUGCUGUGAAGUGUUAGAAAGCAAUCAUGCCUUUCGGAAACACCCACAACAACUUCAAACUCAACUACAAAGUUGAGGAUGAGUUCCCCGACCUGUCCAAGCACAACAACCACAUGGCCAAGCUCCUGACCAAGGAAAUGUAUGGCAAGAUAAGGGACAAGCAGACACCCAGUGGCUUCACCGUGGAUGAUGUCAUCCAGACUGGUGUCGACAACCCCGGUCACCCCUUCAUCAUGACUGUUGGCUGCGUUGCUGGUGAUGAGGAGUCCUACGAGGUCUUCAAGGAUCUGUUUGACCCAGUCAUCGCCGACCGUCAUAAUGGAUACAAGCCCACUGACAAGCACAAGACCGACCUGAACUUUGAGAACCUGAAGGGUGGUGACGACCUGGACCCCAACUAUGUUCUGUCCAGCCGUGUCCGUACUGGCCGCAGCAUCAAGGGAUUCACCCUUCCCCCCCACAACAGCCGUGGGGAGCGCAGAGGCAUUGAGAAGCUGUCCGUUGAGGCUCUGACCAGCCUGGAUGGCGAGUUCAAGGGAAAGUACUACCCCCUGAAGUCCAUGACUGAUGCCGAGCAGGAGCAGCUGAUCAAUGAUCACUUCCUGUUUGACAAGCCCGUCUCUCCCCUGCUGACCUGCGCUGGCAUGGCCCGUGACUGGCCCGACGGCAGAGGCAUCAUGCACAACGACAACAAGACCUUCCUGGUCUGGGUGAACGAGGAGGAUCACCUGCGUGUCAUCUCCAUGCAGAAGGGCGGCAACAUGAGGGAGGUCUUCAAGCGUUUCUGUGUUGGCCUGCAGAAGAUUGAGGAGAUCUUCAAGAAGCACAACCACGGCUUCAUGUGGAACGAGCAUCUCGGCUACAUCCUGACCUGCCCCUCCAACCUGGGUACUGGCCUGCGUGGAGGUGUCCACGUCAAGCUUGCCAAGCUGAGCACGCACGCCAAGUUUGAUGAGAUUCUCACCAGGCUGCGUCUGCAGAAGCGUGGCACAGGUGGUGUGGACACUGCCUCCGUGGGUGGUGUGUUCGACAUCUCUAACGCCGAUCGCCUGGGCUCCUCUGAGGUGUCACAGGUCCAGCUGGUGGUUGAUGGUGUCAAGCUCAUGGUUGAGAUGGAGAAGAAGCUGGAAAAGGGAGAGGCCAUUGACAGCAUGAUCCCUGCACAGAAGUAAACAGGGACAAUCUGAAGUUUAUCUCGUGACCAUUCAUGUGCAAUCGAGCCAGCUGACAGGCGUGCAGAGGAAACAGCCGCUCACCAAGAGACUCUUGACUCUGCUCGCCUAUUUCUUCCUUCCAGCUUUUUUUUUUUUUUCCUCAGCCCUUUGUCCUUUUUUCAAGUUCUUCUGUGUUGGUUGGUAACAUCCUGGGAUCAGCCUCCACUGAGCCGGGCUCGCCUGGCAGACGUGGUAUCACCUACUUUUUCCUAUAAAAAGUAAUGAUUAUUGAAGCUGUUCAUAUUGCUCAAUAAAAAAGUACCCCAUGAAACAACUAAA